CACUGAUCACCGGAAACGGAAGUGGAAAGCUCAGGGAUUAGUAUGUUUACAACCCCUUGCAUCUUGGAUGCACCCGGCAUCGACCUGCAGUCCAAAUUAGACCCAUGCAAUUAGCAUUUGUUGGUAAAUGCUUAACGGAACAGAACGUGGCAUAUUAUAACGGUCUGUUUAACUUCCUUUGCUGGGGAGGGAAUUGUUAUUGGGGACUAGCUGUGAGAUAUCCUUCGCAGCUUCGGGCCACCCACCAUCUGUGGAAAUGGGACAAGGGAACAGAUGGCGCAUCCAAGCCGGGCUGCAGGGCUGCUGACGCUUAUCGUGUGUGUGCAAAGCUGGAUAUGAGUUUCAGUUAUUAAAAUAUACCCUUGCCGUUGGCUGUUGUACAGAAUCUUUCACUGAAGCCUCAGUGCCAGAGUGACUGCACUAAAAGAGACUGACGAAGGGAAAGGAAGCUGAGAAGCCUUGUAUGCUGACAAAAUUGAUGCACGACGUUUCGACUAUUGGCCCCAACUUAAUCCUUUUUGAAGCGCGUUCAUUUCCAUGAACAAUGGUCGACAACCGUUACGCCACAGCUCUGGUCAUCGCCUGCGUGCUGAGCAUACUGGCUACCGUGUAUCUGUCCGUGGCCAUCGGGACGCAGCACUGGUACCAGUACAGCAGUCCCACCGUGCGCGGAGAGGCCAACGUGUCCGAGCUGCACUCCAUGUACGAGGAGUUCAUGGAUGGAGAGUUUGAUGAGAAAACCUACAGCGACACUCUGUUCCGCCUCAACGGGACUGCGGGCCUCUGGUGGAGGUGUGUGAUCGUUCCUGCCACCGCUCACUGGUACAAGGAACCAGAUGUCAAGAUGGUGCUGGAGUGUCGAAGCUUCACUUUACCAGAGCAGUUUACCCCUAAAUACAAAGAACCAGGAAACCACAACAGUGGCGAAGACAUGCUGCGCACCUAUCUGUGGAGAUGCCAGUUUCUGCUGCCGCUAGUUUCUCUGGGUCUUGUGGUUUUGGCAGGCCUGAUUGGGUUCUGUGCUUGCCUCUGCCGAAGCCUGGCUCCAACACUUGGGAUAGGAGUGCUUCACCUCCUGGCUGGUCUCUGCACUUUAGCCACAGUGUGCUGCUACCUGGCCGGGAUGGACCUUCUCCACAGGGUGUCAAUGCUUCCUGAUAAGGUGGAUGGCUCUCUGGGCUGGUCCCUUUACUUGGCCCUCAUUUCCUCUCCUCUCCACAUGAUGGCCGCUGCGCUGCUGGUGUGGGCGGCACGCAGCCACAGUCAAAACUACUACCGCAUGACCGCCUACCGGGUAGCGUAGUCUGAAACUCAACUCUGGAUCGCAAAGCCUGUUUAGAGUUCAUCCCCCCGCUCUGACACCAAGAUGCAUUUUCAAUUGAUGUCAAAGGAACAAUAUGUAGGUUAAUCUGUGUGGUUUUUUCCCUGAUAGAUUAAAGUGUACAUACACAGAUGACCCUAAAGUAGUCUGCAUUAGUAUAUUUGAUUUUUUUUUACUUAUCUCUCUGGGGGUUAUGGUUUGCAAAGUCAGCCAGAAAGACAUUUAUGUUACAGCAUGCAGUCCAGGUCAGAAUUCUUGGCAUCCUUGAAAUAAAUACACUGUUUCUAGAGUGAAUCCAAACAAACCAAUUCUUUAUAAUCAAAUAUAGUAAUGUAGAAUAUGAACAUAACCCAAUUAUUGGCUCUUUUGUAUUGAUUUCAGUUAGAAUACAUGACCUGAGGUAACCAGUACAAUAAAUCUUUUUUUCUUUUUUUAAAUGAUGAAGCCAAAUCUGUGUUAGAUAAUCAGAAAUUCUUCUGAACUGUGGCAGAAUUUUGCACUUUGGUGCCCCCUAACGAAGGCAAAUUCGGCAUCCAUCUGGCAUCCUGUCUCUUCUCUGAGUGCUUUCCAGUUAAUAAAAGUCAGUCCAAUGCUGACUCUUUGUCUUAUCUCUUGCUCUGUCACUUUCUCCAUUCUUUGCUUGCUCUGAUAAUGUCCUCUUGUGCUUUUUUGCUGAAUCAGCCAUGGGUGGUGCAUGUCCAAAACGACCAGUGUUGAUAUCUAGUUGCUGGCAUGUUAAGAGGUGCCGUAAAGAAAAACACAAGCACAUCAUUUUUAGGUUGGAAACCCAUGUAGUAUUGCUUAAAAAGAAAAAAAAAAUUGGAUUCUUUCAGAACAUGAUGCCACCAAGAAAAAAAGGCAUUUUGUAACUUUUAAUGAGAAAAGAAAAAAAAUGUUCUGACCAUAGUAAAGCAUGGUGGACGUUCUGUCAUGCUGUGGAGUUUUUUCCCACCUCUGGCCCUGGCUAUGUUGAGCAUAUCAAAGGAAUGAUAAAACUAGAAGCUAUUAAGAUAUUUUAGAUUACACUGUGUUAGCUAGUGCCAGAAAGCUAGUUUUUAUGUGAAGGAAUUAGUUCUUUCAGCAAGAUGACAAUGUGAAUUUCACAGCCGACCUUACACAAGAAAACUAAAAAUGGGAAGAUUAACCUUUUUAAAAGGCCUGCAUAGAGCCCUAAAUUGAAGAGAGAUUAUUUCUUCUACUGCAAAAAACAAAAACCUAUGACUGUGGAAGAGAGGUCGAAACUGAAAAUAAGUAUGUGCAGCAAGCUUCUACAAGAAUGGCUUGGCAGCUGUUAUCCUGUGAAAGGUUCUGUAAUCAAAUACCAGUUAGGAUGCCAAUAAUUCUUCAGUAGCUGUUUUAGUAAUUACAGCCAUACAUGUGUGAGGAAUCAGCUGUGUCCCAGUUUCAUUCUGCACAUAGAUUAAGUCAAGUUAAACAAACGUUUGAAUUUUCAUAUAAUUUCUAUAGGUAUGUAGUAAUGAAGUCACUCAGGUAGCUGCAAACAUUAAACAAAAGUUGCAGUCAUGGCAGUACAAAACAAACUUGUUUGGAAGUUAAAAUUAAAACAAAUGUUUUCAGCUAACUGUGGUUAGAUAAGAAAGAGGUCAACAUGUCAGUGUAUCAUCACCCAUUUGUAAUGACACAUUGAAAAACAGGUUUUCUGUGCAGUUUACGGCAUUUAAUCUGUCAUAUCUGAUUACAGAAAUGUUGCUUCUUCGUCGUUGUUGUUUGUACGGUGUUUUUAUAAAAGUAGUUGUACACAAUGUAAUUUGAUCCAAACUGUAAUGGGCUAACAACUGAGUUAAGCAUUUUAAAAAUUAUAAGCAAACAUUCAGAUUUUUGUUUAUUAUUAUAAUAAUUAUUAUUACUACUCAAUCCAACAUAAAAGGCAAACAACUCUUAAAAAACUGAAUUAAAACAAAGUUUUUAAACUGCUAUUUAACAGGAAAGUGUAUUCAAAGUCACAGAUUGCUAUCCAUCAAUAUAAAUGUUGCAUACAAAGCAGCAGUAUAGAUUGGAGUACAUGGUACAUAUUGAAGCUGACUUCUGACUUCUCCUGCUCGACUUUGGAUCGCACCCACAUUUACAGUGGAGUGUGAUGGAUUUUCCCCUUUGUUGGACCUAAAACACUACCUGUCAGUAAUGCACUGCUGUACGAGACACACCCAGAGUUUGUUUGCAGUACAAGACAAAAAACAUUUUCUUUCUAUUUUUGUUAACAGGGGUUUGCUGAUUUGUGCUGCAACUGCUUUGAUGCAGUUAGAUAAUGUGGCACCAAUGAGACUACUGUGUGUUUAUGUUUCUGUGCUUUUGUCUUUUAAAUUGAAGUCAUAUUUAUUUAUUCAUUGCAAUUGUGAAUGUCAGACUCUGCUUAUACUUUUUUGUAUACUGUUUUUUCUACAAUUUUUUCAUCAUUUACUCAACAUAGUUGUGUUUCAAUACUUACUGUUUUCUUGAUCUUAUCCAUUUGUACAAUCUUUUUUUGUGAAUUUGGUUUCCUAUCUGAUGUUUGAUGUCAUUUUAUUUUAUUUAUAUUCGUAUCUGUGUGUUCCAUUUUGUUACUGCCAUUAUAAAAGGUAAAGAAUUCAAAUUCAGCAGGAUUUAAGGGAAACAGCUUUUCUCUUCUUGCCAUGAUGAAUGUACUUUAAAAGUCGUAUUAUGAUAAGCUACAGUAUUCCUUUGCACUUAAUGAUUUUGAACAUAUCCUGAAUAUUGCUGUAGUGAUCAGUAGGGAAUUUCUAUUUUUCGAAAAUGUAAAUAACUAGGUAAUUAAACACAUUUGGGGGGGAAAUAAAGGAAACCACUAUCAACAUUAUUACCCUUUAAACCAUGCUGUAUGUUAAAAGAUUAGCACCGCCUCCUUAAGUUUCAUAUUAUCCAUGGACAUCUGUGAAUGAUGCUGUACAUGUAGUUUUAUAACUCUUAUGAGGAAUCGGACAUGAGAAGCUAUUCUAUCCCUGAAUGCUUUGUAAUGUGUGACAUUUGUGAGCUGAAACAGUUCAUUAUUGUACAUGUAGAAAUUGUGUGUGAGUGUAUGCAAGCACACAAGUGCUGUCAUUUCAAUAAAAUCAUUCUUAGAAAUGUA